CAGCAGGCGGGAAGGGGUAAGAUGGCGGCGUAGAGGCGACUGGUGUGACCUGUACCUACUGUGCCGCGUCCUCGCAGGAGGCGGGCGGGUCCCCGCGCGGCAGCCGCGGGCGCUGCGUGGCGGAGCGACGAAGAGGAGAAAAAGGGCGCCACUUCCGCAGCCGCCGCCAUGCCCAACAUCAAGAUCUUCAGCGGGAGCUCGCACCAGGACCUGUCCCAGAAGAUCGCCGACCGCCUGGGCCUGGAGCUGGGCAAGGUGGUCACCAAGAAGUUCAGCAACCAGGAGACAUGUGUGGAAAUAGGCGAGAGUGUUCGUGGGGAGGACGUCUACAUUGUGCAGAGUGGCUGUGGGGAAAUCAAUGACAAUCUGAUGGAGCUCCUCAUCAUGAUAAAUGCCUGUAAGAUUGCCUCAGCCAGCAGAGUCACAGCUGUCAUCCCCUGCUUCCCUUACGCCCGGCAGGACAAAAAGGACAAGAGUCGAGCUCCAAUCUCUGCCAAGUUGGUUGCAAACAUGCUGUCUGUGGCAGGUGCAGAUCAUAUAAUCACCAUGGACCUGCAUGCAUCUCAGAUUCAGGGUUUUUUUGAUAUCCCUGUUGAUAAUUUAUAUGCUGAGCCUGCUGUACUGAAGUGGAUCAAAGAGAAUAUUCCAGAGUGGAAGAACUGCACCAUUGUUUCACCAGAUGCUGGUGGAGCCAAGAGAGUGACCUCCAUUGCAGAUCGGUUGAAUGUAGACUUUGCCCUCAUUCACAAGGAGCGCAAGAAGGCCAACGAGGUCGAUCGCAUGGUGCUGGUGGGGGACGUCAAGGACAGAGUGGCCAUCCUGGUGGAUGACAUGGCAGACACGUGUGGCACCAUCUGCCAUGCUGCAGACAAGCUUGUGUCAGCUGGAGCCACCAAAGUUUAUGCCAUCUUAACUCAUGGGAUCUUUUCUGGGCCAGCAAUUUCCCGGAUCAACAAUGCCUGUUUUGAGGCAGUUGUAGUCACAAACACAAUACCCCAGGAGGACAAGAUGAAGCAAUGCCCUAAAAUCCAGGUGAUUGACAUCUCAAUGAUCCUUGCGGAGGCCAUCAGGAGGACUCAUAAUGGGGAAUCUGUUUCCUACCUAUUCAGCCAUGUCCCUUUAUAACAACAGAUGUCAGCUGCUGCUUGUAUGGCUUUUUUUUUUAAAACCAAAAGUUGUUCAGCUUGUUGUAAAGUUCAGUAGAAGACUCUGCUUGUUCCAGUGCAGUUCUCUACAGCUCCUGCUUAAGUCAGGCUUACUGGUUCUGUUCCCAACAGUGGGAGGCUGGAGGGGGAAAGCUCAUCUCUGUAAAGCCAACUCCACCAGCACCUCUGUGCGUGGAGCUGAUCAGUAGCACUGACUCAAUUCUGCAGGUCUGUGGAGAGCAGGACUGACACAUGGCUAUUUGCCACAAUUAUUUUGAGGGGGGGAGGGAGAGGGUUUGUCUGUGGGCAGGGUUAGAUGAUCUGGCAUGCACACCCUAAAUUGUUUGGGAAAUAGAGCUCCCUAGGACAUGUUGAUCUGGAUCUACAGCAAGAGCCCAAGAGACUGCUGGCUGUCUUACCACUCUGUACCUGACAGAGCCCUUGGAGAGUGCUGGGGAAGGCUUGUGUCUUGGCCAAGCUUGACCCUGGGUGAAGCCCUGGGAGACACCUAGGAGGUGCUGCUGCUACAGCUUCCUCCCAUGAAAGAAGAUCAGUGUAGCUUGCAAACUUGAAUUCCUCUUAAUUGUUGAUGACAUUAAAUGCCCUUUAGUGUGCUACACAGCAAAGUGAGGGUGAGAGCAGUCUGUGCAGUGCUGUUAGCUUAAUGGGGAAUGUGCAUCCUGCACAAGAGAACUUGUGGUGGUUGUGUGCUUUGGUUUCUAGUGCAGGCUAAAACCAGCUUCUCAAUUUCACAGCUUCCUGUUAGUCUUGCUAGCUAACUAGAGGACUGCUGUCAUGUACUGCAGCUGCACCUUGACCUGCUGUGCACCCCCCGACCCUUGUUUUACCAGUACAGUGGUAAACAGAGCCUCUUUAUCCAACAGCAGCAGGGUUUUUGCAUCUAGCAAGUGCCUGCUCAGACACUGGGGUGACCCGAAACACAACAGCUUUGUGUCCAGCUGGCUCAGCCUCUCAUCCAUUGCUUGUUACAGUCCUAUUAUCCUGGAAGUUACUGACACAUUGUCCUCCUCGUUGUCUGCCUUUCCUUGAAAGCGCUGCUUCUUGCAAAAUACCUUAAGCCAAGGAGCACUGCAAGUCACAGGCCAACAAAACCUGAAGGAACCCUUGGAGCGGGUCUGAUGCUUCUCAGGAGUGUUUAUGGCAAUGGGUUGAAGAGGCUGGUGAUAACAUAAUACUGGGAAGAUUGCAGAUUUAACACCAACUUGACAGGCCACAAAGUGCCUGAAAGAAAAAUACCAAAACUAGAGCUGGCUGAGGCUCUUGGAUGUAGUAUCAUCUGAAACUUGAAUACUUAGAAAACGUACCAGACAAUCGUAAGGUAAACUGCUAAGUCUCUCUUGAACUCUUACGGUUUA